AUGAUGUUUAAGAAAUAUUUGGCAUUAUUUGUAUGCCUAUUAGGAGUUGUAUUUGCUCAGGAUACAUUACCAUUUACUGUAGCAAUUUUUGAUCAACAUCCAUCAUUAAAUGGUAAUUUCCAACCACCUGAUGGAUCUGUAACAACAGGUUUAGUUGUAUCAAACCUCAAUCCAAUUACCAAGGUUCCAGAGUUAGUCACUUUGGAAGACACUACCAAGAAUUACGAUGGUCGUAUGUUGAAGCCAUCAUUGUUUAAAUACUUUUUCUCUCCAGAUGCCACCAACAUUUUCCUCAAUGUUACUUUGCCAUUGACCAAAGAAUCGUCGUCUGGUUUCUAUGAAUACUUUAACGACUUUUUCUUCCCAAUCGAUGGCAAGGGAUGGGACGCUUAUGCCAACAUGACCAAAUACUAUCAAGGCCACAACUUCCAUUUCUGUCUCAAGAUGAAUACCUAUUUCAAGUACAAGUUGACCAACCCACCAAUGCAAUUCAAUUUCAGAGGUGAUGACGAUGUUUGGGUGUUUAUCAACAACAAGCUCGCUCUCGAUCUCGGAGGUCUCCACUCGUAUGAAGAUGGUUCCAUCAUCUUUGACUCUACCACUUCCAACAAUUUGGGCCUCGUCGACAAUAAGAUCUACUCGUUUGAUUUCUACUAUUGUGAACGUAAGACCGAAGGCAGUCACAUGAGAUUCCAAAUCAACUUCCCAUUGGAUUGUACUACCAAGGAUUACUGCGGUGUCUGUAACGGUGGUGGUGAUUGUUGCAAUGCCAAGGUAAACUGUAACACUCCACCAUCUGGAAGCAAGUGUUACACUCCAACCUGUCCAGCAUGGGACGCUCCAAACAUCGACCCAAAGAACUUGGGCAAGAGCUGUGUCUACACCCCAAUCACCUACAACAACUUGGACAACCAAUGUUGGGAUUUCUCUUGUGAUGCCAACACUGGUGCCGCUGUCCCAACUGCCAAGCCAUGUGUCUCCAAGCCAUGUACCACCUCCAAGUGUACCAACUCUACCGGUUGUGCCUACACCAGUACCUGUACCGCCAAGGAUGCCUGUUCCCUCGCAACCUGUGACGCCGAUGGUAGAACCUGCAAGCAAUCGGCCAAGAACUGUGACUUUGCUGACAAGUGCUACAACUAUGGUUGUGAUGCCGUCAAGGGUUGCAACAAGACCCUCAACUAUAACCCAGUCGUCACUGGUGCCGGCGGUGCCAUCAACAACUGUCAAAUCCGUAAGUGUGACCCAGAAACUGGCGCCACCACCGUUGAAACCAUUGCCAACUGUGACAAGUGUACCGGUACUCCAAACAAGUGUCAAAUCAUUGGUCAAUGUAACGCAGCCACUGGUCAAUAUACCUUUAUCGACAAGCCACAAAUCAACGACGGCAAUGCCUGUACCCAAGACAAGUGUGAUCUCGCUACUGGAGCCAUCACCCACACCCCACUCAGCUGUGCAGGUUGCACCUUCUGUGACCCAGAACUCGGAGAAUACAAGUGUUCCAAUCCACCAACCCUCUGUAACGAUCAAAAUCCAUGUACCACCGACACUUGUGCCACCAAUGGUAACUGUACCAACACCUUCUGUGCCGCCCCAACCAACAAGUGUCUCAUCCCAGUCUGUACCGAAACUGGUUGUUCAACCGGCCCAAUCGUUUGUCCAGAAUCUGAAAACCCAUGCGAGGAAGCCAUCUGUAGUGAAACUACUGGCUGUGGAUUCAAAGCUCGUGACUGUCUCUCUGGUAUUGCCAACUGUACCGAUGGUUUCUGUGAUGCCCGUCUCGGUUGCGUCUCUAUUGCCCGUCAAUGUGUUGCCGACAAGCCCAACUGUCAAUACGGUGUUUGCAACAAUGAAACCAACGAAUGUGAAUACCACGACUAUGAUCCAUAUCCCUUUGCCUGUCAAACCGCUGCCGUCGUCUCUGUCGGUGUCGUUGCUGGUGUUGUAGUUGCUGGUGCCGUUGCUCUUGCCGCCGCCGUAUUUGGUGGAAAGAAGGGUUACGACUACUGGAAGGAACACAAGGGCAUGAAGAUGAACAUGUCAAAUGCCAACCCACUCUAUGAAACCAAACCAGGUACCGGUGAAAACCCUCUCUAUCAUCCAAGUGAACAAUAA